GAGCCAGGCCUGGGUGGGGUCUGCAAAGCAGCUGCUCUGCCCACUGUCUCCCUGGGCUUCCUCCUGGAGGAAAUGGUGACAACAGGCUGAGUUGAGGGCCUGGGAGCCCCAAACCUGGGUGGCUCCCUGGAGGGGAACGUCCCCAGGUCUCUUGUAGGCGCUGGGGAGGACGCAUGGGCUGCUCAGACGUUGUUGCCUGCCGCCAACCAGCGGGGAUGUGUGGAGAGGGCCUGGGGGCCGCCCUGAGUCCUGCUGCGCCCUGCACCGCCGCCGCGCCUGCUGCUGAGGGGGCCUCCGCCUCCGGCUCCCACCAUCGCCCUCGCCCGCCGAUGGCCCCCGCUGCCCGGCCCAGGGCCGGCUCUGCAGCCUGAGACCCCUGGCCCCGCCAGGACUCCUGGGCCUUGCCGUGCCCCGAUGGGGUAGCGUGACAGAGGCCCUGAGCAUCUGAGGCCUCAGCGGCCACGGCCGCCACCUGCGACCCCCCCAAGGCUGUGGAGUUGGAUCCGUUCAUUUGUCCUUGUCCUUGGGAUUUGGGGCCUGCCCUUGAGCUCGGGGCUGUCUGCCCGCCGCUGAUGCGGAGAGGGUGUCCCCAGUGGUGGGCCCAGCGCUGGACACUGCCCCGCCGGCCAGAUUCACUUUGGGUUUUUUAAGUUUUCUUUGCUGAAUUUUUUUGGUGGUUGUUAUUUUUGUUUUGGCCCCUUUAUAAUUAUCCAGCUCUGAGAGACAGGAGUUUGGAGCUGCCUGUUUCACUCUGGGGGCCUUUUUUGUUCCUUUUCUUUUUUAAAGAGUUGGGUUUUCUUUUUUAAUUAUCCGAACACCGGGCAGCUUCCUUCCCCUCUCCCAAGUAUUUGCACAAUAUUUGUGCGGGCUGUGGGGGCAAGUUUUUAAAAGUCUUUUCUCUGUCUUGGACAAGCAUAGGGAUCUCAUUCUGCUUGGUUUUGGGGCCUGGUGGGGCUUCUCUGGCCUGGCCCCGGCCUGGCCAGCCCCCGCUGGCCCCGCUCUGCCCAUCCCGGGUCGGGGGGAGCAUGGCGCGGAUGAACCGGCCCGCCCCGGUGGAGGUGAGCUACAAGAACAUGCGCUUUCUCAUCACGCACAACCCCACCAACGCCACCCUCAGCACCUUCAUUGAGGACCUGAAGAAAUACGGGGCCACCACCGUGGUGCGCGUGUGCGAAGUGACCUACGACAAAGCCCCGCUGGAGAAGGACGGCAUCACUGUGGUGGACUGGCCUUUUGACGACGGGGCACCCCCGCCUGGCAAGGUCGUGGAGGACUGGCUGAGCCUGCUGAAGGCCAAGUUCUGCGAGGACCCUGGCAGCUGCGUGGCCGUGCACUGCGUGGCGGGCCUGGGACGGGCUCCGGUGCUCGUGGCGCUGGCCCUCAUCGAGAGCGGGAUGAAGUACGAGGACGCCAUCCAGUUCAUCCGACAGAAGCGUCGCGGAGCCAUCAACAGCAAACAGCUCACCUACCUGGAGAAAUACCGGCCUAAACAGAGACUGCGGUUCAAAGACCCACACACGCACAAGACCAAAUGCUGCGUCAUGUAAAUGUAGCUCAGGACCUUGGCCAGGCCUGGGGCCUGUGGUGGCCCCGCCCUGCUCCGGCCCGCCCCUAGGGGCUCUGUGCCUUGGCCGGCCCCCAUCUGGCCUUCCCUUCCUUGUAGCCCCGCACUUGUGUCCCAGGAGGCUGACCGGCCAUGUUCCCCCUUGCGGGUCUCUUCCACCUGCCCCUCCCGCAUCUGUCUCUGCCCCCUGGUCCUGCGUGUCUGAGCCCAGUCGGGCCCCUCUUCCUUGGCCCCCUGCCAGCAUCCCUGAUGCCACCCAGGCAGGCCUCCUCUCUGGCCUGUUAAUGCGGGGGAGGGUGUGUUUUUUAACCACUGGGCCCAGCCCCUUUUCCGCGGCCCCUCACCCGGACCGUUCUCGGCACCUUGUUACCAGAUCCCGGGCAGUCAGGUGUUCCGGACACUCCAGGCAAUAAAAAAGGAGCCGUG